GCUCGUCGCUUAUUGGUGGAAAUCCAACCCCCACCCUUUGCCCAUCAGCCGGUGCCACUAUCGCCUUGUAGUAUACACACGCGCGCACACACGCGCACACGCACUCGCUGACUGUCAUUGCUCAGCAUUCACCAGCGCGCUCCCGGACGCUACCUGUACUCGCGAACACGAGCGGUGUGCUUCGCCCUGAUGCACCCGGUGGAUUUAACUUGAGUGAAAGUGCUUUUAAAACAAUUAGCAAUGAUUGUUUAUUGCAUUGCAUGGAUUUGUGGAUUGUUCCAGUGCCAGUUUUUGAAGAGGUAACAGGAAAGGUGCACGCAUGUCCAUAUGGAUUGCAUUGUUUUAUUGCUCUGGACUUUACAGGUCCCGCUUGUGAACGGCACUUCAAUGAGAUUGCUGGUCAGCGUGUCGUUUGGGAACUUUGUCAAGGCUCUGCUGUUGUGUUGCCUUCAGUCUGUGUCAUUAAGCGGUGUCACCGGCGGUCUCUAUCACGAUUAUGAUAUUGCAACACCAGUGGAAGUAGACUCACUCGGCAGCUACAUUUCUCAUGAUGUGUCAAGGCAAAGUCGGAGCAGGAGAUCCCUGUCUGAAGCUGGUGGUCAAGUGCACUAUCACGUUUCUGCAUUCGGAAAGGACUUACAGCUAGAUCUGCAGCCGUCCCGUGUGCUGGCUGAUGGGUUUACUAUACAAACACUGAGUGCAGAGGGCAUCAACACAGCAAUCCCUGACCCUGCUUUUCAUAAAUGUCUAUACCAAGGUUCCAUACGCAACCAUUCAGAGUCCUCUGUGGCCAUAUCCACCUGCACAGGCCUGUCAGGACUGAUCCGGUUUUCGGGUGAGGAGCUUUUAAUUACUCCACUACCGCAACAUUUGGCUUUACGGCAUAACUACACUGCCCCCUUUGGACAUCAGCCACAUGUCGUGUACAAGCGAUCAGCUGAACGCAGUGUCCAUGCCGAUGAAAGUACCACCAGGUUUCCAUCAGGCAAUCCCUAUGAGGAACACCAUCAUCAUCGCCACCGUCAGCAUCAUCAUCACCAGCACGGAAAGCUCCAGAGACAACAUUUCUGUGGACGCCGCAAGCAAUAUACUCCCAAGCCUCCCAAACAUGAUAAUUUUGUCAUGCCUGAUGAGUUUGAGCAGCAAAGUCGGGUGAAACGUUCACAGAUUACAUCCAACAAUGAAGAAGGCCUGAACGUGGAAACUCUGGUUGUGGCAGACAGGAAGAUGCUGGAGAAACACGGCCGAGAAAACGUCACUACCUAUGUCCUUACCGUCAUGAACAUGGUCUCCAGUCUUUUCAAAGAUGGAACUAUAGGAUCGGAUAUCAACAUUGUUGUGGUCAGCCUCCUCCUGCUUGAGAAAGAUCCGCUGGGCCUGUCUAUCAACCACCACGCAGACCAAUCCCUCAACAGCUUUUGCCAGUGGCAAUCAGGCCUAAUGGGUAAAAAUGGCAAGCGCCACGACCAUGCCAUCCUGUUGACAGGACUGGACAUCUGCUCCUGGAAGAAUGAACCAUGUGACACCUUGGGUUUUGCUCCAGUAAGCGGGAUGUGUAGCAAAUAUCGUAGCUGCACAAUUAAUGAAGACACAGGGCUGGGCCUCGCUUUCACCAUCGCCCACGAGUCAGGACACAAUUUUGGAAUGAUCCACGAUGGAGAGGGGAAUCCCUGUCGGAAGACCGAAGGGAACAUAAUGUCUCCCACGCUGUCUGGGAAUAAUGGCGUUUUCUCCUGGUCUGCUUGUAGUCGGCAAUACCUGAAGAGGUUUUUAGGUACAGCCCAGGCUUCAUGUCUAGUGGAUGAACCCAAACAGAUAGGCCAGUACAAAUACCCUGAACAGCUUCCAGGUCAGCUGUACGAUGCUGAUAUACAGUGCAAAUGGCAGUUUGGCUCCAAGGCCAAACUCUGCAACCUGGAGUUUACUAAGGAUAUCUGUAAAUCAUUGUGGUGUCACAGGACAGGGCACCGGUGUGAGACCAAGUUCAUGCCCGCUGCCGAGGGAACCAUCUGCGGUCCAGACAUGUGGUGCCGGAGAGGGCAGUGUGUGAAAUUUGGUGAUCAUGGUCCUAAAGCAGUGCAUGGCCAGUGGUCUAGCUGGUCAGAGUGGUCUGACUGUUCACGUACAUGUGGUGGAGGGGUCAUGUACAGAGAGCGAUCCUGCAACAGCCCCAGCCCACAGCACAAUGGAAAGUUCUGCCAAGGCCCCAGUCGAAUGCACCAGCUGUGUAACACCAAACCAUGCCAGGCCAAUGCAGUGGACUUCAGAGCUCAGCAGUGCGCGGAGUACAACAGCAAACCCUUCAGGGGAUGGUACUACAAAUGGAAGCCAUACACCAAAGUGGAAGAAGAGGACAUCUGUAAGCUGUACUGCAUUGCUGAGGAUUUUGAUUUUUUCUUCGCUAUGUCCAGCAAAGUCAAGGAUGGGACAUCUUGCUCUGAUUACAAAGGAGGUGUAUGUAUUGAUGGGAUAUGUGAGCCGGUGGGUUGUGACCAGGUUCUGGGCUCAAAUGCUUCUCUGGAUGCCUGUGGUGUGUGUAAAGGUGACAACUCUACCUGCAAGUUCUACACUGGCCAGUACACCCUCCAGCAUAGAGCCAACGAGUAUUACCCUGUCGUAAUAAUUCCUGAUGGAGCAAGGAGCAUCAGGGUGCAGGAGAUGGAGAUCUCCACCAGCUACCUGGCUGUCCGCAGCCUAAAGCGUGGCACUUACUACCUGACGGGAGAUUGGACAGUGGACUGGCCAGGCAGGUUCCAGUUCGCCGGCACCACCUUCAGCUACCAGCGCUCUUUCAACCGGCCUGAGAGCCUCUACGCUGCCGGCCCCACUAAUGAGACCCUGCUCUUUGAACUCCUUCUUCAAGGCAAAAAUCCUGGCGUGUCUUGGGAGUACACGCUACCCCACCCGGAAAGGAAGCACAACUACACCUGGUCUGUGGUACGAUCAGACUGCUCUGCGCCCUGUGCUGGAGGUCGGGUCUCGACGAAAGCCAUUUGUCUGCAGGAUCAGCAGACACAAGUCAAUGCUUCACUUUGCAACCCCCAGACCAGACCUGUGGUGGGCUCCCAUCUGUGCAACACACAUCCCUGCCCUGCCUACUGGACCACAGGUAAAUGGGGAGUGUGCAGUAGAACAUGUGGAGGUGGGCAGCAGACACGAAACAUCCGCUGCAUGAGGAUGGUGACAUAUCAGCGGGAGGAGGUGGCAGCUUCUUCCUUGUGCCCAAUUAUCACACCUGCCCAGCUUCAGCCCUGCAACUCACAGGCGUGUCCUCCAGAGUGGAGCACUGGCUCCUGGUCACAGUGCUCUAAGAGCUGCGGGCGUGGGCUGAAGAAGCGUAGUGUAUUCUGUAGCAGCACUGAUCCAGGUGCCAGAGCUGUGGUACCUGACAGCAUGUGUAAAUUACACCUGAAGCCCAAAGCCCAGGAGACCUGCGUGCUCAGCCGUUGCCCCAGGAAUGAGCGUCUUCAGUGGAUAACUAGCGCCUGGGGAGAGUGCUCAGCCUCCUGUGGAGCAGGAAUGAAGAGACGGGAGCAGCGCUGUGGGGAGAAGGACUCCCAAGGAGGCUUCACGGAGUUUCCCACAAGGAGGUGCAGGAACGUACACAAGCCCAUAAUAGAUCUUGAGCAAGCAUGUAAUAAUGGUCCCUGCCCAGAGCCCCCGCCUCAACUCCUCCACCCUAACUCAGAUAAAAGUGAUACCUCUGUGACCAUGAGCUGGUACUCAUCUCCUUGGCUGCAGUGCACGGUUUCCUGUGGUGGUGGGGUGCAGACACGUAGCGUCCAGUGUUUGAAACAGGGACGUCCUUCAGUAGGCUGUUUACCUCAUCAGAGACCCAUAAGCUCACAGGCAUGCAAUACACACUUCUGUCCUGCUCCUGCUCCCGCUUCUGCACCAAUCCCACCUGCUUCACCUUCACUUAAAGAAGAUCAGCCUUGCAUUGACUUCUUCAGCUGGUGUCAUCUGGUGCCUCAGCAUGGUGUUUGCAAUCACAAAUUCUACGGUCAACAAUGCUGCAAGUCCUGCACCACCAAACGCCAAUAAAGCAGAAGAUCUUUAUUUCCCGUGAGCCUCACCACUCGUUCUGAGAUUGACCACUAUGGACAAAGUUGAUUUUUGCAAGAUGUGGCCAAGAAAGGCAUUCCAAUGGAACGUGUCUCUAGUCUUAUGAGACAUUAUAAUUUUAUGAAAGACUGUCAGAGGAACUUUGUUUUAGAGAAACUCAUGCCUGAUUCUGGAUUCAUCAGUGGUGUAUCAUUACUGGAAAUGUGGUUCUAUGAAUGGAUCUUCAGAACAUUCAUAUUGUAAAUAUCAGUGUUUAGUUCUCCUCUUUUUAAGUCAUCAGCCUAAGUCAAAUUCAUGUAUUACAUUGAAGAGCACCAGGUUAACAUUGGAAUUACUCUGGGUAAUGUGUGAAGUGUGACUGAAAUACUGUAAGUCACCGUCUUCCUGCACACCUUGGGAUUUCUUCAGUCUGAAACUGAGGUGCUAAAUUUUUCCUGUAUUCAUAUAAUGAAUCAUUGUAUCUGUGUUUUUGGUGCAAUAAGAAGUGCAGUGCACAUUCUCAUUACAUAGUGAUCAGUAGUGCUGCCUUGUGUUUUUUGUCUUCCCCAUUUACAUGUUUUCAUUUGGCAGAUGCUUUUAUCGAAAGCACAUUGCAUUAUAUUUAAUUCCGAGCUUUCGGGCUCUGCUUAUUUUACCAAGUGGUUGAUUGAACAUUUCAAUCAACCAAUCAGAUUUCAAAAAUAAGAUCUGAUUUUAGGGUUAUGUUGGUUAGAGUUGGAGUGGGUUUAGGUUUUAUUUACAAAAAUGUUGUCCUUGGGUCAAGACAAUACAGUAUGUAGCCCCGAGGAUAUCUCUCACUUGGCAAAAUCAGGUUGAGCUAGAUUUUGUCAGUUUCCAUGUUUCUGGGAAUCAAACCCAUUUUGUUGGCUUGAGCUACUGGAAGUAACUGCUUCCAACACGGCACAAUUUGUUACAUUUCAAGUUUUCCUCUGUAUCAAACCUGUUCUUCUGAAAUCUCUUCUUAAAUUGUUUUUUUUCUGUUGCUGAUGCUAAAUUCGUUCUGUCAAGAGCAUUCACUGAUUUAAACAGACAUUAACAUUUCUUCUGUUACCUCAGCCUGAACUGGUAUCCUCUACUGUGUAAGGUUCAAUCACAAUCCCAUCUGAUCAUAACCGAAAACUAAAGUUGACAAGAUAGAUGUAUGAUUAAUGAAGAUCAGUGUUUCUGCUGAAUUAUGUAGCGGGUCCAUUGGAGGACGAACUGUGUUUGGGUAAUUUGUGUGCAGUUCCUGCAGUGCCAUCUCUCACGUGAUGUACAAGAGGGCUAAGUUUGUCCCAGAUGUGUGUCAGAGAGAGUAAAGUAGUCGCUCUCAGUCACUUUGGGGGGACCAAUUAGUGUGCAGAAGUGAGUGUCAUGUUCAGGAGGAGGAGCAGAUAACAAACCCAAGCCUCUCAGGACUUGGGACCUCAUCUCAGUUUACUUUGUUGGAACUUUUUGUCCCUUUUUUUCUUUCUCUCUCUGUCUGUUGCACUUGGGUCCACUGGGCUACAGAUUUGUACGUGCCUAAGGCUUGUGCUUAGCAGAAAAGUUGAGCUACAGAUUCUCAUGUCCUCACCUUGGUAAUCUUUCAACACGGUUCUGGUAAGAUGGGUCAGAGCCUUUCUCAGGCUAGGAGUGCUUUAACAGUAAACAUUGGAGCAGGUGGGACUUGAGAGAUAUGACGGUACUGAUUCUGUCCUCAUUACAUUCCUAACACUUCAUUACCAAUCCCCAGUCCCUUGAAGGGAUAUUUGCAUAUACUAAUAAGUGCAAAAGGUCACUGCAAAAGUAGAUGUGGCACUGCAGGUUGCUCUGCCCCUUUUUUUGCCAGAACAUUUUAAAGGGUACUCAGAAGUUUCUUUUCUUGUUAUAUAACUUUUGGAAGAACUUCAAGUCUCCUAAGUUACAUUUGUUUCUUUUAAAGUGUUCAUGAAAAAAUGGAAAUGCAUUGUUUACCUGUGUCAUUAAUCUUGUAUGUUGUCCUUUUGCAAUAUCUUUCAUCACUGUCUAAAUUGAAAAAGUGUGUAAUUUAUUAUGUCUUAAUAGUUCCUGGGCUACAGUGUUAUUUCGAGGGGAUCUUGCUUGUAUAAUAGUACACUAUAAGUGUAAUAUUUAAU